AUGCAUCAGUCUUGGCAAGACAAGGUCUCAAAGGGCGCCACUUUGAUCAAUUUCGUCACCACGCGCCAACGCUACGUCAAAAUCAUCGUUAUCUUCGUCAGUUUCAUCUGCCUACUCACGCUAUGGGAAUUCUGGUCAGACUUGUCCUUUGCAUAUAAAAGAGUUACUUCGUCGAGCUCGGCGGAACAGUCUGCUGCUGAACUGAAUUCUUCAUCAAAUGCCACCUUGGAGAAUAGCGCUCAGUAUGAACCAACUUCUCAGACAAGCGAGUUCUGGGAACAACUUCUCGAUGAGUUUUACGCAGCAGAACCUCAUGGCCACAAAAUUUUACCUCCUCAGAAGCUUUCACGGGAUAAAUUCGACCCUCACGCCGACGAUCCACAGCUUCAUACAGACUGGUUGGAGGUAGCUGGAGAGGAUAUUGAAUCCUUGAAGGAAAAUCAUGAAGCAUUUGUGCAAAGUAUUCGCCAUCUUGUUCCCAAACUACCCUUCAAACGCAACACCAAGGGGAUUGUUAUUACUUCCCAAGGGUCAAGGUUUGGUGUCGCAGCUACCGCUGUCGUAAUGUUGCGAAAUGUGGGAUCGCGUCUACCUAUACAGCUAUUCCUCGACUCCGCGAGCGAGGAGGAAUAUCAAAAAUGCACUGAUACGUUGGCUGGAAUGCAGGUUGAAUGCCUCAACAUGGACGAGUUUCUACAGCUUCCACCAAAUUCUACGGUGACGAAGAAGCCAGAUGUCGAAAGAUUUCAGUACAAGCCCUUAUCGAUUAUUUUCUCCAGUUUCCAGGACGUCUUGUUCCUCGAUUCCGACGCUUUUCCCAUCAGAAACCCCGAUCACCUUUUAACCACAGAGCCCUAUAAAACUUACGGACUAGUGACAUGGCCGGAUUUUUGGCUGCCCACGAUAUCUCCUCUAUUUUACAAGAUUGCAGGGGCAAAGAUGCCAAAUGUAACUAUUGAGUCCAGAAGUUCCGAGUCUGGCGUGAUGCUCUACAACAAAGCGAGACACGCAGAUAGUCUCUUGCUGGCAGCCUACUACAACUUUUACGGUAGCAAAUUCUACUACCAGCUUCAUUCGCAGGGUGCUUGGGGAUCAGGCGACAAGGAGACAUUCAUGCAGAGUGCGUUAGUACUAGGCAAUCCAUUCUGGCAGGUGUCUACACCUCCAAAGGAGAUUACAGACGGGAGUAUCAACUGGGGAAGCGGCAUCUGGCAGGCGGAUCCAGAACAGGACUGGAAGCUACAGAAACAGCGAGGUCAAAAUAUGACCACGGUCGCUGCGAGAAAACAAAGGCUAAGACAGGGAGAUGAGGAGGUCAGCGUCACGAGUGCAAUGUUUGCCCAUCUCAACAGGGUCAAAUUCGAUAUAACCCAUCCGAUGGAGAUGGUGGAGAGCUUGGCGCCGGAGAGUCCAGAUGGAAGGCUACAAAGGCUAUGGGGAAAUGAUGUUGAAAAGAUCACGGAUGUUGCUGGAUAUGAUCUGGAAAGGGUCAUAUGGGAGGAGGUCAUCAAGGUGAAUUGUGAUCGAAUGAUUAUGGAUGAAUGUGAAAGGAUACGAAAAUAUUAUGAGGCAACAUUUAGUUAG